AUGGGCGCAUGCUCGGACCAUUUUCACGAGACCCGAAGUCAGCGUAGAUUCGAACAAGUAAUGCGCUCUUGUGUGCAAUUGCAGAUGAAACGAUGGCCAACCCAACACUGCCCAUGGAGCCUGGAAGGAAAGUGUACGUUCCAGUCUCGACGACAUGAUGUUGACGAAGGGAUCGAUUUUUCGCUUCAAUCCAAAGGCUUCCAGAAGUUUUCCUUCGCCCAGCGCCAGUCUGAGGCGCAGUGA